CAACUCCCGGCAUGCCUCUCUUCGCCCGAUAAGAGCGCUUGGCCGGGGAAUCCCCAGGCCUCGGAAAUUCCCCUUCAUGGCAUCCUCGGCCGGGCCGCCCGCUUGAGUUUCGUCGGCCCUCGGGGGGGGGGCUUCUGGGCCCGGCCUCCGCGAUGGCACCGCUGCCCGUAGCGGAGGUUCCUCUGUAGGCCCGUCCCGAGCCAUGGCCUUCGUGCAGGGCCAGGGCGGCCCCAGAGAGCCGAAGAAGGCCGAGGCUGGGGGCGAGGAGUGGUGCGACAGCGGCCUGGGCUCGCUCAGCGAAGGGCAGCUGGUCCAGCUCCGGGAGGAUGGAGGCCUGGAGGGCCCUGGAGACGCUGAGGGGGGCCCUGGGGGCUUCCCAGUGACCUCUGACCCCACCGCCCCCCAGAAAUCGGAGGAGGAGGGGCGCCUGGACUCGGCCUUGGGGGGCGACGAGGGGGUGGGCGACCUGGUGGAAGGGGUGGGGGGCGUCCACCUCCAGAGCCAGGUGGGCCCCGAGGCUUGGCUGCGCCACGUCCUGGGCUUCGUCACUGAGGAUGGAGACACGGCUCUUCACCUGGCGGUGAUCCAUGAACACGAAGCUUUCCUGGAUUCUAUUCUGCAAUACACCCAUGGAACAGAUUACCUGGAUAUUCAGAAUGACCUUGGCCAGACUGCACUUCACAUCGCCGUUAUCCUCGGGGCAUCCAGCUUUGUGGGCAAACUCGUGUUGGCGGGAGCCGGGCUGGACAUCCAAGAGAAAGGAGGCCACACGGCCCUGCACUUGGCAUGCCGAGAGGGAUGGCGGGAUUGCGCCGAACAGCUUCUGGCACCGCUCACCAUCCAAAGGCCCGGUCGGGGCAACCGUUUCCAGGCCCAACUGGAUUGUACCAAUUACGAUGGUUACAUCCCCCUGCAUGUGGCCAUCCUACGGAAAGAUUUGGACAUGGUCAGCCUUCUAAUCUCUGCAGGAUCUGAUCUCAACAAGCAGGAGCUAAGUUGUGGCCGGAGUCCCCUCCACCUGGCGGUGGAGUCCCAGAGCCCUGAAAUGGUGGAAUACCUCUUGCGUGCAGGAGCUGACACAGAGGCACGCAUGUAUGUGGGCUACACACCCAUGUACAGCGCCGUGCACCGGCCUGACCAAAAAAUCCCACAGCUGUUACGGGAAUUUGGCUCCGAGGAGCCAGAUUGGGAUUCCGAGGAAAGUGUGGACAGUAACAGCGAGGAAGAAUAUGACGACAUCGUGAUCAAUUGUGGCCACUAGAAGGGAGCCUGGGAGCCCUUUUACCCCACACAGGACUCCACUGAAAGUACCCCAUGGUGGCAGCUGGCUAUGAUCUCUGUAGCAAUUGCAUCUUCACUGUGAGCUAGAUGUGAAACUUAUUUAUAAAGGCCGGGACGAAAGGGGAAGCAGCCUCACCUGGCCCGGAGGCCUCUUCCCCAGUGGCCCCAUUCCGAUGUGUACCCUCCGUUAUUUUGUCCUGCUUCAGAAAUGGAUGUCUUGUCUCUGAUGUCUCGCUCUUGCCUGCCUUGACGUUUCAGAAUCAGUAGGUUUGGGUUUCCUUUGUUAUUAGCAAGUGGCUGGCGUGUGUCCCGAGCAGAGCCUAGUUGUGAAAAGGUCUCAUCUUGUCUCAUCUCUUUCUGGAGCACACACACGCACCCCACCUUUCCUGGGAAUGCUCAUGGUCAGAUUCAGGGUUUCCCUUCUUAAUGUGGGUCCAGGUCUGUGGAUUUUGUUCUGGAGAGCUGGAGGGUCGGGGGAACUUGGAUGGGCUCCCCCACCUCUCGCAGUCGGAGAGUUGGAGAACUGCCCGGCGCAAACAACCAGAUCCACAGGUGAAGAGUUCAAUUAGCCACUUCAUUGCUGGUGCCUAUAAUACAGGAAUCUGCUCAGAUUGGUCAUUUGCGCUUGGGUCCCACAAAAUAAGGUUCAACAGCAUUCAAGGAGGUCAGACGUCGCCCUUUUGUGCCUACGUAGAGAUUAAUCUCUUUUCAACUCACUGUCACCUGACCCGGCAUGAGAUCGUGGGCGAGUGUAAUCCUAAAUAUUUGGACCAAUUUUUAUCAGGGGGCUUAGCAAAACACAACCUUUGGGGGUCUCAUAGCAGUUGGGGGUUGUUUAGUUGGAGGUGGGUAGAUCUCUUCCUAAAGAAGGACAGAAUUUAGGAAGAAGAACUUUUGGUCUUUCUUUCCCUAUCCGGGGAUUGUUAAAAAAAAGUGGAAUGUAUACCCCGUUUGGACUAGCAGUAAUUAUGUCAGGCCCUGAUGAAGGGAUGGUCUUAACUCACCUUGUCUGGAAGGGCGGCUUAAUUAUUGCUCGGACCAGCCCUUGCUGGACAGUUAGAAACGAGUCCUGAAAAACUGCCCUCUAAAUUACAAGGCAAAUAAAUCCUUUUGGCCAAUCUUGCCUCUCUUCCCAUGCCGGCUUUAUUUCUAAGUCUUGGGAACAACCUGGGAAGCGUGGACUGAAGUCUCGUCUCUCCCCAGUAUCUGACAAGCCCCUAAAAAUGGCUCGUCCCCAAAAGGUGACAGCGGACGACAUCGCUGCGAAGGAAAAGAUGUCAGUGCAAAUUUGAGAUGGUUAGGGUAGGUCUAACUGCAGCUAGGAUUCUAUGGAAGAAGACAGAAUUGGAACCCGGAACCUGCUUGGAACUGGUAUUUAAUAACAAUUGGGGGUGGGUGGGGCUGGAGGUUCCCCACUCCCCUCCUAUGGGCUGUCUCUGGAGUGAAAUGCCCCCGGGGUGUCUCUUUAAAAUAGAGAGUACGUCUGCAGCAAAGAGGAAAGAAUUGUGCGUUUGCCAGGCCUUUGAACUCUGCUCCGCCUUGCCGUGUUUCUUCUCCCCCUUUCAAUGGAGGCUCAGUGUUUUGUGGUUCCAGUGUGGUUUCCUGUGACCUGUAUAAAUUUGCAUUUAUGACUCGGUUCGGUCGGUCUCUUUCUCUCUCUCUCUCUGCUUUUUUUCCUCUUCCUGCCUCUCUCCCUUGAUUGUAUUCUGUAGGUCUUCCCGAGCAGACAGAUUAAAUCUUACGGAUAUGG